AUGUCUCGCAUUUACACGCAUCCCACGAUGGCGAAGGUAGAUGUCCCAAACAUCGAUCUACUGACGAUGUUAUUCGAUUCGGAACACGCCGUCUCACUGCCCGAUUCUGUUCUACACGUAGAUGCAAAGCUUCCACACAACCGACUCACCAAAGCAAUGCUCAGAGAUCUCACCCAACGUGUAGCUCACGGCCUGCGGGAAAACUAUGGGAUUGGAUCAAGCGGGCCAAAUAAAGAUGUUGUUACUGUCAUUAGCCAUGGGGACUACAUUCUCAGUGGUGUUUUCUUCGGAAUUCUGGGUGCUGGAGGAGUAUACUCAGCGGCAUCUCCAUCAUCCACAGUAUCGGAGCUAGCGAGGCAAAUCAAGCUUGGAAAGUCCAAUCUGGUAGUAUGCGACAGAGAUCACGUUGAUGUGGUCUCAAAGGCUGCUGCGCAGUGCAAGUUGCCCGAGAGAAACAUAUUGGUCCUGGAGUCAUCUCCGUGGAGCUUGAAAAGUCUUGAUGGCAGCAUCGACGGGAUUUCAACCAAAACUCUACCCUGGCAAAGAAUUACCGACCCGAAAGCCCUAAAGGAGAGCCUGAUAGUAAUACUGUGGUCAAGCGGAACGACUGGAUUACCGAAAGGGGUGAUGAUAUCCCAUCGUAAUCUCGUUGCGGAGUCCUGGAUACUUUCCUUAGGCCCACGAAAGUGGGUGGAAGAGCAGGUUGCAGCGGGAACCUUCACCCCAAUCGAAAAUCGAUCAAUCGCUCACCUCCCAACAAGCCACAUAGCAGGGCUUUUUGGCUAUUUUAUUUCGCCGGUCUUCUCCUCGGGAACAUUAUACUGGAUGCGGAAAUACAAUUGGAAAGACAUGCUCAACUAUGCGGCUAAAUAUAAGAUCACGACUCUUUAUACUGUGCCAUCCAUAUACCUCCGAAUCUCGAAAUCAAGUGACGUGACGGACCAAUUCGCGUCGCUUGCGGCGGCCAACACGGGUGCUGCGCCUAUGGACGGUGAUCUCCAAAAGGCGGCGAAUGACCGGCUAGGUGAUGGAAAAGUCCACAUGCUUGGGCAAACUUGGGGUCUCAGCGAGACUACCGGAGCAGUGACUGCGGUGCCCCCUGGCGAACCCGAUGACACAGGCUCCAUCGGCUCUAUCCUUCCCAGUGUCGAACUUCGCCUAGUGGAUGAGGAUUUUAAAGACGUUGAGCCAGGGCAAGAGGGUGAGCUGGUUUUGAAAAGCCCAGUCGUCACCAAUGGAUACUACGAUAACCCACAGGCGACGAAAGACUCCUUCCAUGAUGGUUGGUUCCUCACGGGAGAUAUUGGUGUCCUGAGGAAUGGAAAGUUCUACGUGGUUGACCGAAAGAAAGAGCUCCUAAAGUAUAAAGGGCUGCAGGUUGCACCGGCAGAGAUAGAAGGGCUUCUGUUUGCACACCCACUUAUCAAAGAAGCUGCUGUGGUUGGGUUGCCCGACCCCUCUGCGGGUGACCUACCACGAGCAUAUGUGGUUCCGGAAGAGAAGGGCAGGAUCUCUGAGGACGAUGUGAAGAAGUACGUGGCUAGCAAACUGGCGGCUCAUAAACAAUUGAGAGGAGGUGUUGUGUUCGUCGAUGAGAUACCCAAGUCAGCUAUUGGCAAGCUACUUCGGCGAGAGCUCCGCGAGCGAGCUAAACGAGAGGUUAAGCUUGGAGCAAAACUGUAG